CACCUGUGUGUCGGCGCGUUCGCCCAUCUCAGUUCGCGUGCACGCGCCUUCAUUCCGACAGUGCGCAGCUGUGCGGACCGACUAGUCCAACCAAACUGAACCUUCCAGGCAGCAAAGCCAAGUCGCUUUCCGGCUAAAAGCAAUCCACUUCUUCGCAGCCGUGUCGACCGCGGUUUACGCCACGUCGACUCAAGAAGAAAAAAUAUCUGAAGAACAAACACUCGCUUUCCGCUCUGACUUUACUACACACCAGCCAUGCUGGACCCGUCCUCCAGCGAAGACACCGAUGUGGAGUCCGACCCGGAAGUUGCCCGGGAGCCUGCAAGGAAAACAGACUGCUCCUCCACGGCCAAGCAGGGAGUUGAGAGCCGACCGGGCGGCCAGAAGCGACCAUUGUUGAAGCACGAACAGCCCUCUAUUAAAGGCUCAGCCAGGCAAAAUGCUCACCGUCAAGAUAGCUCAACAGGUGAGGAAGAGGAGAGGCGAGAACGCGAGCGACUAAAGCAGGAGGAAGAGGAGCACAAAGUCAAAUUGCAGAUUUAUGUCUUCGUCCUGAGAUGCAUCGCUUACCCAUUCAACGCCAAGCAGCCAACCGACAUGACUCGGCGGCAGCAGAAGGUGAACAAGCAGCAGCUCCAGGCAAUCAAGGACCGUUUCCUCGCCUUCCUCAAUGGGGAAACUCAGAUUAUGGCUGAUGAAGCCUUCUGCAAUGCUGUGAGAAGCUACUAUGAAGGUUUCCUAAAGAGUGAGCGUGUAUGUCGCAUGGUUCAGAGCGGCAGCUGCUCGGCAAGUGACUUCCGUGAGGUGUUCAAGAAAAACAUCGAGCGUCGUGUUCGUAGCCUCCCUGAAAUUGACGGCCUAAGCAAAGAGACUGUGCUGACCUCCUGGAUCGCCAAAUACGACGCCAUCUACAGGGGAGACGAGGACAUGCGUCGGCAGCCCCAACGUGCGCACCUUAGCACCGUGUCAGAGCUGAUCCUCAGCAAGGAGCAACUCUACGAGAUGUUUCAGCACAUCCUUGGAGUCAGGAAGUUCGAGCAUCAGCUGCUCUACAAUGCCUGCCAGUUGGACAAUGUGGACGAACAGGCUGCUCAGAUACGCAGAGAGCUGGAUGAACGAUUACAGCUGGUGGAACGACUCCCCAGGGAGAGGAGAUUCCCAAAGUUUGUGUCACCUAACAUGGAUGUCCUCUAUGCUGAGGAGCUCCGUUCAUCCAUCAACUUACUAAUGGCCAACCUUGAGAGCCUCCCCGUGUCCAAAGGAGGGCCUGACUUCAAGCAGAAGCUCAAGCGCUCCUCCAUCAACAACUCCUUCCUGGACCUUGGCGAUGAAGUCGAUGUGUUGUCCAAGUCCGAUGUGUUGCUCUCCUUCACACUGGAGGUGGUGAUCGUGGAGGUUCAGGGGCUGAAGUCGGUCGCCCCAAACAGGAUCGUGUACUGCACCAUGGAGGUGGAAGGAGGUGAGAAGCUGCAAACGGACCAGGCUGAAGCCUCCAGACCUCAGUGGGCAACACAAGGUGACUUCAGCACGACGCACCCGCUGCCCUCUGUCAAAGUCAAGCUUUUCAUGGAGAAUACAGGUGUUCUGGCCCUUGAAGACAAGGAGCUGGGCCGCGUGGUCCUGAACCCCACCACCAACGGGCCCAAGCAGGCCGAAUUCCAUCGCAUGUUGGUUCCCAAGAACAGCCAAGACACGGAACUGAAGAUCAAACUGGCUGUGCGGAUGGACAAACCACCCAAUAUGAAGCACAGUGGAUAUUUGUAUGCACUGGGACAACGUGUGUGGAAGCGCUGGAAAAGGAGAUACUUUGUUCUGGUACAGGUCAGCCAGUACACAUUCGCCAUGUGCAGCUACCGAGAGAAAAAGGCUGAACCGCAAGAGCUCAUGCAGCUGGAAGGGUACACGGUGGACUACUGCCACCCGCAACCAGGCCUGCAAGGCGGUCAGGUGUUUUUCAAUGCAGUGCGUGAGGGCGACCUGGUAGUGUUUGCCUGUGAUGACGAUCAAGACCGCGUCCUGUGGGUACAGGCCAUGUACCGGGCCACUGGACAGUCAUACAAACCCACACCGGCCCCCAGCAGCAAAAACGCCAACAACUGCAGGUCUGCCGAAAACCAGCCAACCUCACCCAUCAGUCUCGAUCCGUCUGAGCGCCAGGGUGUCGAGGAGCUGGUGGCGGCGUCUCCAAGCCGUUUUGACCAUGCUCGCCUUUUCAGCAUUUUGCAGAAGCAAACAUUGCAGCACCGUAUGAACGACUCCUUCUCCUGCCUGGGUUGGUUCAGUCCUGGUCAGGUGUUUGUCCUGGACGAGUACUGUGCCCGAUAUGGUGUUCGCGGCUGCCAUCGUCACCUUAGCUACUUAAAGGACCUGAUGGACUUUUCAGAGGACAACACCCUGGUGGACCCCAUGCUGCUUCACUACAGCUAUGCAUUCUGUGCCUCUCACGUACACGGAAACAGGCCCGAUGGCAUGGCGACGGUGACGCUGGUGGAGAAGGAAGAAUUUGACUCAAUCAGGAGUCGACUCAUGAUGCUACUUGAGAAGCACAUCACACACUUUAGGUAUUGCUUCCCUUUCGGACGACCAGAUGGCGCCCUGAAGGCCACGCUCUCUCUGCAGGAGAGGGUUCUAAUGAAAGACAUGACCACACCAGUUCCCACAGAGGAGAUGAAAAGGGUGGUGCAGAGAUAUCUGGAGAAAGCAGCGGGCAUCAACUACAGCCAGCUCAUUGACUAUGCCAACAUAAAGGCGGAGCCAGAAGUUGACCCGGAAAAGAGGCUGGAGGAUGCCAUGAGGCUGGCAGAGCUUGUCAUCGAAGUCCUGCAGCAGAAUGAUGAACAUCACUCAGAGGCCUUUUCGUUAUGGCCUGAAUUGAUGUCCGAGCAUGCCGAGAGCUUCCUGUCUCUGUACCGCGUGGACAUGGACUCAUCUCUGCAGGUGCAGCCUGUCGAUUCAUGGAGCAGCUUUCCACUCUUUCAGCUCCUCAAUGGAUUCCUCAGCUCAGAUGCUCAUCUGUGCAACGGGCCCUUCCACAAGCACCUUCAGGAUCUUUUUGUCCCACUGGUGGUACGCUACAUCGACCUGAUGGAGUCAUCCAUUGCGCAGUCCAUCCACCGUGGUUUCGAGCAGGAGACCUGGCAGUCAGUCAAGAAUCUGACUACCAAUCUUCCUAAAGUGCCCACUCUUCCCGUCUCGCUACCAAGUAUGCCAAGUUUCUCAACGCCAGGCUGGAUGGCACCGCUUUGCCACAACACGAACGGUUCAGCCACAUCGGAGGAUCUUUUCUGGAAGCUCAACGCGCUUCAGAUGUUCGUGUUUGAGCUUAAAUGGCCUGAGGCCGAGUUUGCCAGGCAUCUGGAACAGAGACUCAAGCUGAUGGCCAGUGACAUGAUGGAGGCUUGCGUUAAGAGGACCAAAUGUGCAUUCGACGCCAAAAUGCAGAAAUCCAACAAAUCAACAGACUUCCGUGUGUCACUGUGCGUGUGCACAAUGUUGAACAUCCUCAUGGAUGCCAAGAGGCAGUGCUCCAAACUCUGCGUGCUGGACACUGGGCAAGAGACGGACAGACAAUGGCAACACUACCACUCCAAAAUCGACGUGCUCAUUGACGAAGCGUUGAAGGACAUGAUUUCUGCACUCGUAUCAAAGUUGUGUGCAGUGUUGGAUUCAGUUCUUUCAAAGCUGUCAAGAUACGACGAAGGAACUUUCUUGUCAUCCAUCCUCUCGUUCACGGUGAAGGCAGCUGCCAAAUAUGUGGAAGUUCCCAAAUCAUCAGGAUUGGACCUGGCUGACACAUACAUCACGUUCGUCCGUCAAAACCAGGACAUUCUCCGUGAGCGUAUCAACGAUGAACUCUACAUCGAGAAAGUCUUUGAACAAUGGUACGGUGUUUCAAUGAAAGCAGUCUGCGUGUGGUUGGCAGACCGACUGGACCUCCAGCUGCACCUCUACCAGCUCAAGACCCUAAUCAAGAUUGUCAAGAAGAGCUACCGUGACUUCCGUCUUCAAGGCGUCCUGGAAGGGACACUGAACAACAAAAGCUACGAGACUGUCUACAACCGUUUGACGGUGGAGGAAGCCACACUGGCCGUCAAGGCAGGACACAGCCUAGAAGGUGUUAGUAUGCGGGACAGCGACCAGGAGGACGAUUGAACACUCCGCUCAGCGCCGCUCCUGUUGUGCAACCUUGAAACGUGCAAGAGCUGAGCUAAUGUAGCAUCCUUCUUGUUGUAGUGUGGCUAAUGCUAAUAAGCUAAGCGAUGUGGUUGCUAGGUAGAAAGGGUGGAUAUAAAAAGUCUGCACACCGUUGUGCCAUUCACUUAAAACAAACAAAUGCCUGUCUUCAAGUAUUUAAUGAUGUCAGUUGAACGUUGUUGCUAAAAAAUAAUAAUAAUACAAAAAAAAAAAAAAAAAAAAAAGUCAACUGUCACUUGGAUGUUUAAAAUCAUCCACUUGGACAAAUUGGCGGCUCCUUCAAAUAGACUGCACAUAGAAUGUUCACUUUUGAGCCUAUUGAGAGCCUGUUGGUUCACCUAAACAGCAACAUCUCAACACUCAGAUGAAUUAUGUGAAGCCUUUAGCAAGAUGACUUCUGGAAUACGCCCCCUUGUGGGCGAUUGCGCCAUUUUCAUUGGCUGCUUUUGAUGACACUAGACGUCUUAAUUAUUUUUGACUGGUUCAUUCUUUCAUGCCUGCCUCCACCAGUCAAAAUGGAUUGGACGUCUGGUGUCGUCAAUGACAGCCAAUGAGUUACAAGACAUCUAUCAUAUGUUCUUGGCUGUGUAGUGCGAUAAUAUUCAUUAUUGUGUACGUGUGAGUCAGUCGUGACAGGAUUUGAUUACUUCUUAAAUUAUUGGUCAUGAUUAUGGUAUUUGUUGUUUUUUCAUCUUGUAUUGUUUGGAAUAUGUUUUUUUAUUGUUAUUGAAAUUGUGCUAAAGUUUGCUUGUGAUUUUGUCUCCUAGAAAGAAAAUGUAUAGCUGCUAUAUUUCAAAAUGAUGAUAUUCUGCGUAGGUGUUGUGCA